AUGAUAAAAGGUGUGCGAGAUGAAGGAUAUGAUUCAGGCAGGUGCUUUAUUCAUUCACUGCAACGAGCUAUAGCGGAGUCGCUAACAUCUCAACCAGAAGUAGUACAGAUGAUAGCUGCUGCGAGACGAAUUGUUACCCAUUUCAAUCAUUCUGGCUUAGCAGAGCAGAAACUUAAAUCCAUUCAACAAGAACUUAACUUGCCAAACCACCAACUAGUACAGGAUGUGACUACACGCUGGAAUUCUACUUAUUAUUUAAUGGAGCUUUUAUUAGAACAAAAGCGAGCUGUCUCCUUGUACAUAACAGAUCAUGAAACUUUAAUAAAUGUGAUGCAUGCUCAAUGGGAACUAUUGGAACAAUGUAUCAAACUCCUCAAACCAUUCGAAGAGAUUACAAAAAUAACCAGCUCAGGUAUGUCUUGCAUCUCAGAAGUGAUUCCACAUGCAGUAACUUUAUUAAAAUAUCUGGGAAAAGCAGAGACAGCUGAGAAAGUACCAAAUUUAGUAACAAUAAGAUCUUCACUGCAAGCCGAGCUUGAAAGACGAUUCAACUUCGAUGAAAAAAAUAAGUAUCUGGUUGCUACUUUUCUGGACCCUCGCUUCAAAACGGGUUUCCUAGGAUUGGUUCAAGCAGAAAGAGCAAGACAAAAAAUUCUUCUAGAAGCUCUGAAAAUAAGUUGUGAUGAAUUAAGUACCGAUGACGAUUCUUCUCCACUUCGUAAGAAAAAAAACUUGAAUGAAAAUGAUAGGACUAUUGAAAUACACGACAGUUUCUGGAAUUGCUUUGAGGAAGUUGCUACAGGUAAUAUGCGAAAUGCUAAUGAUGAGGAGGAUGUGCAGAAAAAUGUUGUGGCAAACGAGUUGGAUUUUUAUUUGAAAACAGUUCGCCUAGAUCGGAAGGCCGAUCCUUAUAAUUGGUGGUUUGCAAAUGCAAACCAAUACCCAAACCUUUCGAAAUUUGCCAAAGUUUAUCUUUCCUCUCCUGGAAGUAGCGUGUACAGUGAGAGGUUAUUUUCUGAGGCUGGUAACAUUUACGAUGAAAAGCGUAAUCGUUUGUUACCAAAAAAUGCUGAAAAGCUUGUUUUUAUUCAUCAUAAUUUACCACUUAUCAAUUUUAAUUACUAA